AUGCCUCGGCCGGGCCGCAACACUUACAGCGACCAGAAGCCGCCCUACUCCUACAUCUCGCUGACCGCCAUGGCCAUCCAGAGCUCUCCGGAGAAGAUGUUGCCGCUCAGCGAGAUCUACAAGUUCAUCAUGGACCGCUUCCCCUACUACCGAGAGAACACGCAGCGCUGGCAGAACAGCCUGCGCCACAACCUCUCCUUCAACGACUGCUUCAUCAAGAUCCCGCGGCGUCCGGACCAGCCGGGAAAGGGCAGCUUCUGGGCGCUGCAUCCCAGCUGCGGGGACAUGUUCGAGAACGGCAGCUUUCUGCGGCGCCGCAAGCGCUUCAAGGUGCUGAAGUCUGACCACCUGGCGCCCAGUAAACCAGCGGACGCCGCACAGUACCUCCAGCAGCAGGCUAAGCUGCGGCUCAGCGCGCUGGCCGCCUCCGGCACGCAUCUGCCGCAGAUGCCGGCAGCUGCCUACAACCUGGGCGGUGUGGCGCAGCCCUCCGGCUUCAAGCAUCCCUUCGCCAUCGAGAACAUCAUCGCGAGGGAGUACAAGAUGCCUGGGGGACUGGCCUUCUCUGCCAUGCAGCCAGUUCCCGCUGCCUACCCGCUCCCCAACCAGUUGACUACUAUGGGCAGCUCUCUGGGCACAGGCUGGCCACAUGUAUAUGGUUCCGCGGGUAUGAUCGACUCGGCCACUCCCAUCUCCAUGGCGAGUGGCGAUUACAGCGCCUAUGGAGUGCCGCUGAAGCCUCUGUGCCACGCCGCGGGCCAGACACUGCCCGCCAUUCCAGUGCCCAUCAAGCCCACGCCGGCCGCAGUGCCUGCGCUGCCCGCGCUACCCGCGCCCAUCCCCACCCUGCUCUCGAACUCGCCGCCUUCGCUCAGCCCUACUUCCUCGCAGACAGCCACCAGCCAAAGCAGUCCUGCCACCCCUAGCGAGACACUCACCAGCCCGGCCUCCGCCUUGCACUCGGUAGCGGUGCACUGACCCAAGAGAAGCUGGGGCUCCCUCUCGGUCACCUCUACACUACCCCUCUCACCACUUCUCCGGGUCCAGCCCUCUCCGA